CUUGCCAACAGCAUUACCAAUGCCGUAAUUGGCAACUUUGUGGAGUUUACAUUGGUUGUUACCGCUUGUUGGUAACGCGUAACAAGAAUAACAAAACCAGCCGUUUUUGUAUGCAGAUUUAUUGUGUUCUGCGGUUAUUUAGUAAAAAAGUCGAAACAAAAUGGGUCUUCUUUCGGAUCCCUCAUUAACGCCGCGGGGGAAAUUUGGUCGUAUGUUGGCAAAACACAGCGGCAAAAUUUCUUUAUUUUUCUACGUAGCUGGCUUGGCUUGGUUCGUUUGUCUGGCACACCCCGAUUUCAGUCACGGCACAUACCUUUCGGAAAAUGCCCUCUCACCUGGACUUGUUGAUCCAGAAAUCGGACAGGAUUCUGUACGCUUUGCGCAAUCUCUAUACGAUGAGUUGCUACGUGAGCGCACUGAUCACAAAUCUACAACUCCGCAUGCAUGGAUAGCGGCAAAGAUGCACCAAAUUGGCCUUGAAACACAUAUACACAAUUUCACUCUCCGCUAUCCUUUUAGCAACGGGAAGGAGUACCAUGGCAAGAAUGUUUAUGGUAUAUUGCGGGCACCUCGCAUUAGCUCCACAGAAGGCGUGGUAUUUACCGCACCUUACCGCGCUGGAAACUCAAUUCACGCAGACAUUACCGCAAGUGUACCGAUGUUAUUGGCAUUUGCCGACUUUGCACGUAAAAAAAAUUACUGGGCCAAGGAUUUGGUAUUUCUAGUGACAGAACAAGAGCAGCUAGGUAUGCAUGCAUGGUUGGAAGCAUACCAUGAAGGGGGGAUCAAGGAUUCGCCGAUUUUGCGUUGUGGAAAUUUGCCAGCACGUGCAGGUGCAUUACAAGCGGCGCUCAACAUAGAAAUCCAGGAUUUAGAUAUUGAUUACAUAGACGUCAAGAUCGAAGGACUAAAUGGUCAGUUGCCCAAUUUAGAUAUGUUUAACUUGGUACAGCGUCUUACGUCGCGUAGCGGUAUCUCAUCUGGUUACAAACAUACACCGCGUAAGAAGCGUCGUUCUUAUCGAGGCUCAUUGGAAGACAAUUUACGCCAUAUGUUGGAGAUGCUAAUGAGUCAAGCUACUGGCAUUCCCAAUGGUAAUCAUGGACUUUUCCACCGUUAUCGUAUCGAGUCACUCACACUUGAAGCUGUGAAACGCAUCACAAACAGCAAUAAUAACAAUCGUUUUGGGACGGGACUCUCACUAUUAAAAACCGUGGAAGGAAUAUCGCGUAGCUUAAAUAACCUGUUGGAACGUUUUCAUCAGAGCUACUUUUUCUAUAUAUUAGUACAAAACGAUCGAUUCGUUUCAAUUGGCGAUUUUAUGCCUUGCCUUAUUGCAUUAGCAAGUCCUAUGUUUAUCAAAGCUUUUCUUCUCUGGCUUACCACCACUACUAGUGAUGAAACAAAAUCUGAAGAAAAGGAAUCAUCAGUCCACGAAGAAAAAUCGCCAAUACAAUUGCCAUACAUUACGGUGUUGCUUUACAUGGCGGCGGCGCUAUUAUUGGGCUUUCUCUGCAACGCCUUGCCGUUUAGCCAACAAGUGAGAGAUUACUUUACGGCCAUGGGUAUUAGCACAAAGAUGAGUGUUAGUUUAAUUUUGGCUGCGCAAGUGUUAUUUGGAAUACUGAUGCCAAUAUUUUACACUCUUCCGGAGAUUGGUCUUCAAUUACUAAAUAUAGGAGCGUUAAUAUUUAUGGGUGUGACGUUGAUUGUCACUGGACUACUGAAUUUCGCCUUGGGCUUUAUUCUGGCUACGCUCAUAUCGCCCUUAACGGUAUUGAUGGACAGCGAGGGCACUAAAGGCUUACGCCAAAACUUAACACGGAUAUAUACAUUUUUACUAAAUCCAAUUGUAGUUAUCUAUUUGCUGGUGCUGUGGCUAACAUUAUUUGAAUUUCCAGAGUUAGCACUAAGUGAUGUGGCUAGGCGUGCUUUUGGCGCUACAGUGGAUGCAAUAACAUUUAGUAUAAUGGACAGUAUUAUUUAUGGUAAUUGGCUGUACACAGCGGUAGCUGCCGUAUAUUUCCCGCUUUGGAUAUUGUACUGGACCUUAGCUCUCGGCCGGAAAAGCACAAGUAUUACAUUGAAUAAAAAAACUGAUUAAAUUUUAACCAGCAACUAAAAUAUUUAGUACUUGCAAUGAAAAAUUUUAUAUUAAAAAUAUUCCAUAUAUUUAUUCAUAAUAGAAUUAAUUUAAUAUAUUCUAUGAACACCAAAUAAAUAUUUCACUUAAUAUUUUUCAAAUGCUACGGCUGCCGCCAAUAUGACACACACCCUUGAAAGGUGUUUAGUUGGCGUACGUCUUACGCUGUUUCGCUACAUAUAUUUUUUGAGGAGCCAUUGGUUAUCAAGUUUUAAACUAAAAAACAAAUUCUAACGAAUUUCUAAGGUUUUUAUUUUAGCCAUUUUCUAAAACUUAUAUCUAGAGAAGAUUUUAUUACAUAUUCCACCAAUGCCAGCCGAUUAGAACGAUAAUUUUUUGACAAAUAUUCAUUUUGUUUUCCUGGCAAUUAUUUAGAGCGGAAAGAUCUAAAAAAAUCUCGUUUUUUCUUUGGAUAAAAUACACGUAAAACUUCAUCGCUUAAAUUGUUUAUUUAUUUGAUAAAAAAGUUAGAUAUUAUGCAUACGUAUUCUUACUCUGCUGUGAAGUAAGUAGGUACAAUAAAUGUAUUUAAGUAGUUAAUAAUUUAAUUCUGUGGGUUGCAGGUUGUAGGUAUGUAUGAGCGAGAUUUUAAAUUUAGAAUUUAGAUUUUUUUUUUUUAUAAAAUGAAAUAAUUCGAUCAAUUAGUGUUUAGUCCUAAAUAUCGGUGUUUAAUUUCCGUGAAAUUCUUUAUUAGACAAAUUAUACUUAUAAUUACUUAGCUAUGGCUAUAUUGAUUAUGUAUAUAAUGUUGGUACAUGUAUGUGCAAUCAUACAUAAUUUAUAAAACGUUCAUCGCAUACUAAAAGCAUUCUUCAAACCUAUUUGGACUAAAGUCUAGACGAUUCCAGCUCUGCAGUAUAUAAAAAUAAUAAUAAAUACAAAUAAAAUCUGAAUAUAUAUAUGUGCACGCAUUUCACAAA